AUGGAAGAUUAUGAUGUUUUUACAAAUGAAAUAGAAUACACGAAACCAGUAUAUAAGAAUUUACUAAAUAAAUAUGUAAAAGAUAUUCCUUACACUCCAAGUGGACCUAACUAUGAAAGUGGAAGAAAACUUUUAGGAGAAGAAUGCCUUGCUGAAGGCAAAGAAAAAGAAUGUGCUUUUCAUUUUAGUGAAUCUGCAUCUCCCACAUUACGAACUCUAGCUGUGUACAGGGAAGAGCAAUUAAAAUAUGCAGGUGACAAAUUGAGCAAAAUUACAAAAUAUAUAAAACCUGUGAAAGAAUUAAUUGAAGCUAACCCACUAUCAAAGGAAGAUCAACAGUUACUUGAAUUUCUACCGGAAGACACAGAAAAGUUGACAGAACUAUUAGAUAAAUAUGAAAUAAAUGAUGAUCUACCAUUCUUCAAGAAAUAUAUGAGAUUUAGUUCUGAGAACAAUGUUGAUAAUUUUUGCAAAAUCCUUAGUGAGCUACCUAAAGAGUGGACCAUAAUACAAUUAACAGCCCCAUACAAUCCAAAUGAGAAUUUGAAGCCAUUUAAUGAGUACAGAUCUGAAAUUAAUUCAAUUUAUGUAACACUUCUCUCAAAUGAUUAUUUGGACACCAACACCGGCCCCAUCACUGUAGAAAUACCAGCUAAUGUUACUAAAGGAGAAGAGAAACCCUUAUUUAAAGAGCUUUAUGCUCUGUUGGAGGAAAAUUACAAGACCAUAGACAAUGCUCAGUUCCUCAACAAUAAGAGAUUGGUGCAGAACUACUGGGCCAAACGGGAAGACAUAGAUUUGAGGAUGAAAAGUGUAAUCAAUAUAAUGUAUAAAGAGUGGUUGGGAGGAUGGUCGAGCUUGCUCACCGGGAAGCUUGUAGAUAAUGCUUUAAAGGAGAGACUUGUGAAAUUAGUUGAUACAGCUAUUGCGGACUGGGGAUUCAUAAAAUUGACACAAAAACAAAAAAUUCUUCUUUACAAUCUGUUACAAAGCAGUGCAAUAUUAUCGUCACAACAAAUAAAAUCGUGUAUAAGGAAAAUUUUAACUGAAAAUGGCAACACUGAUGACGUCAGAGCGACCAUAGACACGAUCGACUGUGAAAGCUGCACAAAAGAUUUUAAAUUCCUAAAUGAAUUAUGUUUAAAGUGUUUAUCAAAAAGUUUUGAGAAGGUACACAAUUUUACAUUAGUCGAUGGAAUUAAAGCGUUCUCGCAAGUGGCAACACUGGUUAAAGAUAGCGAUGACUGGGCGGAGCUAAGGAAGGCCAAACGAAAUCCUGUGAUACUUAUUGUGGACGAAAUGCUGGACUCGUUCCCAUGGGAAACCCUACCCAUCAUCAACCAGCAUCCCGUAUCUCGAAUAGAAAAUAUCCAUUUCCUAUACAUGCUGUAUAAGGAGCACGAAGAGCACAUCGUCGAUGGACACUUCCUCACUAAGUCAGAUGUCGGCAGAUACGUUAUAAAUCCUGAGAAGAAUCUAGAAAGAAUGGAGCUGAGGAUGAGUUCGUUCGUGAAGUACUGGUGCAGCUCGUGGCGCGGACACAUCGGGGAGCCCCCGCCGCCCGACGUGUUCCUGCAGUACCUGACUGAGUCUGAUAUAUUUUUGUACUGCGGGCACGGGGACGGAUGCCACCUGGCGGGCGGCGCGGGCGCGGGCGGCGCGGGGCUGGAGGGCGCGCGCGCGCGCUGCGCCGCCGUGCUGUCGGGCUGCGGCUCGGCGAGGCUGCAGCGCGCGCCUGGCCGCGCGCCCGCCGCCGCCGUGCAUCACCAGCUGCACGUGGCGCGAUGUCCGCUGGUGGUGGGCAUGCUGUGGGAGGUGACGGACCUGGAGGUGGACAAGGCGGUGAGCACGCUGCUGGCGCGCGCGGUGGCGGGCGCCGCGCGCGCGCCCUGGCACCGCGUGGGCAAGGCGGGCUGGAGCCGGGGCGUGCUGGAGGUGCCUCCAGAGGCAGCGGAGGGUGGCGCCGAGACGGAGCCGUGCGAGCGCGAGAUGCUGCGCGCUCUGAGCCGCGCGCGCGCCGCCACCGCCUUCGUCAUGAUCGCCAGCAGCCUGGUGGCGCGCGGCCUGCCCCUGCGCGUGCGGGGCUCUGCCCCAGGGGAUCGGGACAAGUUG